GAUACUGACUUCCACCAUUCAAAAGAGCUAAGGCUUCAUUGUCUUGGGCUAAUUAGUACAGUUAGUGACUCUAUAGACACAAUCAGGGCUGCAAUGAUGUCAUACUUAUACCGAAAUAUAAUCAUCCAAAUAUGGUUAACAAUCCCCAACAAGUGCAACAAGCAUUAUAAAAGCUAAGAUUUAAGCAUCCUAAAAGGUCAAGAGAGACUGUAGAGUAAAUUGCUAUACAAUGACUAUGGCUGACAAAAUUAUACCUUCUUGGGCUACGCAAGAACACGAGCAAGAAUUCGCUUAUAGAAAUGUGGAAUUGUUUAAGAACGAGAUCCUCGGUACUGGCUCCUAUGGGGCAGUGUGCAAAGCCAGGUGUGAUCAACUAAUUUGUGCAGCCAAGCUACUCUAUCCAGUGCUCUUCCAAAUGCAAGCUCUCAAUCCAAGCAAAGACCACCGACAGCCAAUUCGUCGUUUUGAAUAUGAGUGUCAAUUUUUGCGGAGGAUUAACCAUCCCAAUAUUGUGCAGUACUUGGGGACCUAUCACGAUGCAGAAACAAACGCACCAGUUCUUCUAAUGGAGCUCAUGGACGAGAGUCUGACACAUUUCCUGGAGGCAUCACCUGGAGACAUUCCCUACCAUAUCCAAGUCAACCUCUCCUAUGACAUAGCUCAAGCACUUGCCUUUCUCCAUUCCAAUGGGAUCAUCCAUCGCGACCUCUCCAGCAAUAAUGUCCUAUUAAAUGCAGGCAAUCGAGCUAAAGUCACAGAUUUUGGCAUGUCAAAAUUAACAGACGGAGAUAUUGUUCAUUUGGCCACAAUGACCACAUGCCCGGGAACACCAGCCUUCAUGUCUCCUGAGGCUUUAAACGAACCACCAGUGUACACAGACAACCUAGACAACUUUUCAUUUGGUGUGCUUCUUGUCCAAAUGAUGACUCGAAAGUUUCCCAAACCAACCGACAGAUUCGAAGUUGUGAAAAUUCCCUCCCCUCGAAAUCCAUCUCGCACAGUCGAAGCUAAAGUUGCGAUACCUGAAAUUGAAAGACGACAAGCACACAUUAAUUUGAUUGAGCCCACCCACCCUCUACUGCUGAUCGCUCUGUGCUGCCUCAAAGAUUGGGACUUAGAGCGGCCUUCUUCACAGCAGCUUUGUGAAACGCUAGAGACCCUAAAAGAUAGUGCCUUGUACGAACGAAGCUGUCAGCAAGAUGAAGUUCAACUGCUUAGACAUCAAAUACGUGUGAAAGAGGAGCAAUUAAGAGUGAAAAAUGAUCUUAUCAGAGCUAAAGAUGAGCAAAUACAAUACACUAGUCAACUAAUACACGAAGAGAUAGGUCAGCUUACAGAGAAACUAGAGGAGGCAUCUCAGAACACGCAGGCUCUUCAAAUCAACAAUCUAGUACUUCAAAACGAGCUAGAAUCAAAAGACAAGCAACUCAGACAAGCUAAACAAAUCAUCGAUUCCUACGAAACUAUCGCUGCUAAACUACAAGAGGCAAUAGCCGAGCGAGACAGAGAAAUGCAAGAUGUAUAUUCGAGCAAGGAUGAAGAAAUUCAACAGCUCUCAAGUCUAUUGUACCAAGUCCCAACACAAGACGAUACUCUAGUAGAGAGCGACUCUCAACCAGGCACCACAAUCCCCGUUGAUCUUGUCGUUGGUUCGUCCACUGUCGUGGAAGGAAAAGCGUACUUUAGAUCCCUCGGUAGUAAACACAUUCGCCAGUUUGAUUCCAGCAAUGAUCGAUGGACCAGACUCUCUACACAUCCGCUCGAUGCCUGCACCAUCACCAACGUCAACAAUGUUCUCACUUCAGUAGGCGGUCGCUCUGGCGCUAAUUUCUCAAACAAACUGUACAGCUAUAUCGAUAAGCAGUGGGUGGAGCACCUUCCUCCUAUGUCAACCAAAUGCCAAACACCAGCUGCAGUAUGCGCUAAAAAUACACUAGUUGUAGCUGGAGGCUAUAAUCGCUCGAUUCUAACUACAGUCGAAACGCUCAACACGCUCACGAUGCAGUGGUCUAAUGCCAGCUGUCUCCCAUUUUCUACCGAGCAACCGUCAGCGGCUAUAUGCGGUGAUGAGGUGUACGUACACGCAGGGUACACAUCAUCAGAGCAAGACAAGUAUUCGGUUAUAAAAUGUUCACUAAAUGAGUUGGUAGACUCUACUCCGAUAAGCACCGAUCUUUGGGAGGGGAUUGGAUCACUGCCGGUACGAGGCUCAUCUCUUCUCACUGUCGAUGAUCACUUAAUGGCUGUGGGGGGUUUAGACUCGAGAAAGAAUCGCACUAAAGACGUGUAUCAAUACAAUCCGACAAACGACUCGUGGCAAGUUGCAAGCCAAAUGCAAGUUACGCUAUCGUUUGGACUAACUGCUUGUCUCCCUGGCAACAUGCUCAUGGUUGUCGGAGGCUAUUUUACAACACAAAAAAUUGAGGCCACUGUUAUUCACUAGCUAUAAUUAUGUUUGUCACCAGACGUUUGUGUCAAUUAAAUUUCUGUUAUUAAGAAUCACUAUUGGCUUCCUGAUGAGUGAAGAAGUACAACUGUUACCUAUUAAAGCUUCAGCAUGCAUUGUAUGUAUUGUAUGUAUUGUCCAAGUAACAAGACUGUAUACUGCGACUGUAAUAAAGUUCUGAGUAUACUACAAAAGCAAUCACCAAAGAAUGUAUGUAGCUAAACAGAACAAAGUCACAUGACCAUCUCGCUUUGCAGAGCAAACAAAAUGAAAAUUUAAUGUACGUACUUAUAAACUUAAACAUUAGUACAAAACACCAUACACAUUAAUCAUUACAUAAUCAUCACAUCACAUUAGUUCCGCGGUGUAAUAACGUUGAUUUUCUGAUUUUUUGAAAGUUUAGAGAGAUGCCUUUAUGUGAUGCGUUAAAGUCAAAAAGUGAAUUUCUACUUGUUUUUCAUUUUUCCGAAAAUAACCAAAUUUGGGGUUUGAGCAUACCAUCUGAACAGGCUCCUUCUAAGCUUUCAGAAAAUCAAAAAUUGGAUCACCAGAACUCUAGCCAACUCUAGUACUCACAACAUGUAGGGGACCCAGCGUGAAAUGAAAAUCUAUGGCCAUAUUAACUUGUACUACGAGGGAUUCAAUUUGGCUGUCUCAGGUGAGCAAACACUGAUAUCAUGUGCAAAAAUGCAAUAGACCCUUGUACAUCCCUCAUUAGCAACCUAAUGAGACCUGUCCUACCUCCUCUGAGAAAAUUCUUCUAAGCUUUCAGAAAACCAUUAAUUUAAGGUACGACUGUUCAAAGAUGCGACACUAUACACACAGGGGGGGGAGUCAGUACGGUACUAUAGGGUACAUGCAUCGUACCUGAUCAAUGACCGCCCUUUGUCCCAGCAUUGGUCUGAACGGUGUGAAAUACGCGAUGGAGGUCUCGUUGAGAUGAACGGAGGGAUCACGCAGGUCCUGACAUAUCUACAGUUACAAGCAGUUAUAAUUUAGGGCGAUUGGUAUAGUAUAAUUAUGACUGGACUCACGCAUCAAUAUAUCCAGGGAAAUAAUUACUAAGUAAAGAUCAUUAGUGUAAUAUUUGCAUACAGGAGAGUGUUAUACAUGAUUACCUGCCACAUACUUUGCCAACUAAAUACAGUCAUGUAGGCAUUGUAUGGUGAGGUUCCACCCAUACAGCUUGAGCCUAAAAUAUAAUUAUGGCUAAGGCUGUAGCUAUCGUAGGUCCUUUGAAAAAUGAACAGUCAGGGAUUUAUAGCUAUGGGAUCCACAGUGUGUUAUAAUUAUCACGUCCUGUACACUGUCUAUAUAUGGAGGAGGGGGGUACAUAUCAUUUCAACCAAUCACAGAACUUGUACAAUGUACAUGUAAUGCAAUCCAUGCAGUCUCACCUUCUCUAAGCUGCUGCACACGCUGAACAGGUCGACGGCGUCAGGAUGGAAGACACUGAACACCGAGUUCUCGCUCAAUCCGGUCUUGAGCUCCUGGGAACAUAGGGAUACAACGAGGUCAACAGGGUUGAGAAAGCUAGAGUACAACAACAGUUCAAUAAAUUUGUAAACAGAACCCCACUUAAAAAACAAUGCAAAACACAGAUUUGGCAGCUACUGUAUAAUAAUAGAGCGACGACCAUUAUUUACAUUGCAAUUCGAAAAGCACUUUCCAGUUCAGAGGUGAGCAAAACACGUACAGUGAGCUCAUGUGCAAAUUACUCCUACUGUACCUUUAGUAUCAUUCUGAUGAGCCACUUUUGCUCCAUGGCACUGGUGUUUCUGAGUAGCAGCUGCAAUGCUUUCUUUACACCAGCUCUCUCCUUCUUGGCGUUGGACAUGGCUAGAUCGUUAAGGUACUGGUUCACCUGGGACACCGUGAGACUGUGUGUGUGUGUGUGUGUAUGUGUGUGUGGGUGUGUGGGGAUAUUGUGUGUGUGAGAGUGAGCGGACAAAUGGGUUGAAGGUAAAACAGUGGAACCUCGCUUAACAACCAUCCCUGAAGAAUGGCCAACUACAAUAUGAAGGCCAGGCAUCCAAGUCUUACGUAUAGGAUAGACUACACCUAAGAGUAGAAUAUGCGUCUAUGUAACCUCCACGGUUGCGGUUAGCCCGAGGCGAAAAGCCGAGGGAAUCUAACCGUAACCAAGGCGGUUACUAAAACACAUAUUCUACGAGUGGGUGUGGUCUAUCUAACUUGGACUUCAUUGUGCAUGCGCGAGGCGUGGUUAUAAAAAGCCAGGUUUGGUGCGUAGCAACAGAAAUUGAAUUUGUGCGAGCUGGACGAGCUGGAGAGCUGUGAGAGACACCAGUUGACAGAAAAAGACAAGAAGACGGCUUCAAAACAAUGAAAAACUACAGUAAAGCUUGUGAAACGCUUCUUGAAGAUACUGGAAAGAACAGACAAGUAAAAAGAACCUAGAACUAUGCUAGAACUGACUGCAACACUACAAGAAGAAGAAUGAAGCUCUGUGGUGGAGUGGAGGGGGGUAUAGAGCAGACUGGACCGGCAUGGAACCUUAAAAAACUCAAUAGAAAGUGUCAAGCGACUGCUAAAGUGUUUUUGAUGCUUCCUGGCCCCCCUUGCCCAUGCCCAACUGGAAAAAGCAAUACAAAGCAACAGUGGACAUGGAAAGAAUGGAUAUCGACUGAACAAACUAUUGCAUUCUGUGUUUUUUAUAAUGUUUUUGUCAUCUUCUUGUCACUUUCACUAAAAAUUUCAUUCCAACUUUUGAGAACUUCCUGCAAAUUAUUUGUCACUUCCUGUAGAAUAUGCAUCCAUUUCCUGUAGAAUAUGUGUCCACUUCCUGUAGAA